GGCCAGGGGGGGGGAGCUGAGUGCUGAAACCGGUGGCUGGCUGGUUGGGAAACCGGCUAAGGGAUGACUUGGUCUGGGCCAAGCGAUGAGCGAAAGUUGCAGCAAGCCCUGGGCAUAAGAUGGGCAGUUCAGCCUCUGCAGGGGGGGGGCCAACUCGAUAGUCAGUCGAUAUGGGUGGGUGGAAGAGGGAAGAGGGAAGAGGGAAGAGGCCGCCGGGCUUUCCACGGGAAGACGAUCGGGAGCGUCCGAGUGGUUCGUCGGCCUGGCGGCCCCAGGCUCCAGCCCGCCGUCAAGCGCCCCACUGCCGGACGACACCUCAGGCCGCCGACCCUGCCUCGUCUCUUCGGCGGAAAGCCUCAGGCUUUGACUUUUUCCAGUCAAUCUUCACGCUUUGGUCCCCCCCCAAUCCGUACUCGCUAGGGGCAACCCACUGCCAUCUCAUUAUUCCAGUCUCCCAGGUUGCACGGGCUGCUGGUCCCGUCGUCGGCAGAUUUUGCACUUUCUGCGAACAGCCCUCUCUCACUAAGCCUGGCUGAUAGGACGGAGGACCCAAUCACGUACCGUACACAGGACGCCGUACAUUGAUUGCUACACGUACGUCCCUCCCUACAUGGGUAAAUAGU